UGUCAUUACACCCAACCUUGUCUCCUCUCAAAUCUUGUUGCAAAUUUCAGUUCACACUCUAAACUCCAUUUUUAUCACACACUUGCACAAUAUGUGAGUAGUUUAUUUAUUUUUCUUUGCCAAUCCUGUUUUGACAUAUUUUCUCUGGCAGUCUUGAUAUUCUCAAAAAUAGUUCCAUUUAUUACCAACCCUAUAAAUCCCUGUGUGGAUUGAAUGUUCAUAAUUUCUGUCAGCUUAAAUCAGUUUAGUUUGCCUGCAAGUUCAGAUUUUUAUUCUCUCUCUUACUAUUACAGUUCUUGAAUUAUUUUACCAAUGUGCUUUUUGACAUGAUAUAUGCAGUUCAGUAUACAUCCUUGCUAGAAGGGAAAUUUGUUCAAGUUUUUCUUGAAUUCUGAAUAGCCCUCAUAUUCAGUAGUUGUGUCAACAAUGGGCCCACUAGUUCUCCUAGUGAUAGUGAUUCUUGCAAUUGGCUUCUUCCUACUUGGAUUGCUACAGCUUGUGAUCAGGUUUGUGAUGAAGAGGCCAUCAUUUUCCUCAAUCUCACAUUCCAGCAGGCUCCCUGAUGCUGCUCCCCACACAUUCCAGAGGCAGCUGCAGCACCUUUUCCGUCUGCACGACUCCGGCCUCGAUCAGUCACUCAUCGAUGCUCUGCCAAUUUUCUACUACAAGGACAUCAUAGGAUUGAAGGAGCCAUUUGAUUGUGCUGUCUGCCUCUCUGAGUUGUCAUUUCUUGACAAGCUCAAGGUCCUGCCUAACUGCAGCCAUGCCUUCCACGUCCACUGCAUCGAAACAUGGCUGCUGUCGAACUCCACGUGCCCUCUGUGUCGAAGCCUAAUCGGAUUUGGGAAUUAUACGGAGAACCCCUUGUUCACUACUUGUGAUUUGGAUCACCAAUGGAGCAGCUUGUCUUUCCCUAGUGGCGCGUCUCCGGCCCACAAUGGGCCAGAGAUGAGCAAUGCUGGCACGGGCAGGACGCUCUCCAUUCGCCUUGGGAAGUUUAGGAGCACUAAUGAAGGGGUAGAGAGUGAAAUGAAGAUGCAAAAAGCGGUUACUAGCAGCAGCAUUGAUGCUAGGAGAUGUUAUUCUAUGGGUGCUUUUCAAUAUGUUGUUGGCGAUGCCAAUCUUCAAGUGGCGUUGCCUCAUGGCAGUGGCGUUGCAACGAGGGCUAAAGCGCGACUUGGGAGUGAUAAUGUGGAGGCGGAUGGGAAAAAGAUUGGUGUUAGGAGUAGAGGGGAUAGCUUCUCUGUAUCCAAGAUUUGGCUAUGGUCCAAGAAAGGCAAGCUCACUACUUCAUCACAAGGAAAUGAAAGUAUAGUAAUAUUACAAGUGGUUGGCUGUGUUGAAUGGAAUUUAAAAAUUGGCAUUUCUUUUAGAAAGAAAGUGAUAAAGUAAACAAGAAAGCAAUGCAUAGAGGAAAAAAGGGAAGGCGAGUGCUGAAAGCUGCGACUGGAAUUGGAUUCCCACUUGCAAACUGUAGUGUUAUUUGUGGAGUGAUUUUCAGACUUGAUUGAUCUUAUUGUAUUUAUAUUAUACACCUUCUUUGUACAAAAUAAACGGAGUAUAAACGGAGUCAACUAAUUUUCAUUGUUUUUUUUUUCUCCUCUAUAAAUGAGGAAAUUACAAAUAAUGUCAAGUUCGAAUUCAGCACCUCA